UCACAAGCAACAACGGUGGUAGGCUCAGAAACGACAUGAGGUCCAUACAUCUGACCAACACAUGAGUAGCGUGGGAUUGUGUCUUUAGCUUCAGCAAGGUGGCGAGGUCACUCACGGGGAUAUGAUGUCAUAGAGCAUGUUUAGUUUCCUGGUGCUCUGUGGAGCCUGUGGAUCUCCCUGCUCCUAAUCCCUCUGUGUGUGUUUGGAGACCUUGCAAAUCUCCUCUUCUGGGGGGACGUUCCGGGGACUUCAAACGGGCUUGUCGGGGAGAUGGGGGUCACGGAUCUUGGACACGUGCUUAUCAAACGACUCGAGAUCGCCCCAAGCUAGCGGGGCUGUGUGUGUGUGUGCUUUAUGUGCUGUUAUCCUCCAAACCUAUUCCUGGCCUACUGGUUGUCAGCACAUUCCUCUGUGAAGAGUUACACUUAGCUCCGAUGUGUGUGAGUAACCCUGGCCGCCCACACAAACACAUGCAUGGCCACUGGGGAAAGUAUACACUGCCACAACAUAGGAAACCUUUUGAUCACAAUGACCCCCGCGGCACCCUCUGCUUUGACACACCCCAAAUCCCAAGUCUCACCUGCCAAACAUAGCUAGUCAAGACCUUCUACUUGUCUAUCGUGGAGCUAUAAACAUCUUCAUCAUUAUACCCUUCAACUCACAGUCCGUAAACUCAGUGUUCGCUGUUGUCCAGUAAUAGAAAGUGAGUGUAUGUGCUAUGACUGAGCUAAUGAGAUAUGUAUGCUGCUUUAACUGCCUCUAGGUAAGGUAACCUAAUAACACUAAUAAAACUCACUAAUAAAAAAGUUAGGUUAGCCUUAGCCAGACAGAUACCUUCUCUUUGUAGAGGGGGUUGGGUAUCACCCUGGCACUGUGGUGUAGUAUACAGUAUGUUGGUGUGUGUGUCUGUGUGUGUGUGUGAUGUAGCGGAGGGAUGGUUAGACAAUUAACACCCUGAAUACCUAACCCCAAACUCCCCUUCCCUGUUAAAUCCCCAUCCCCAAGGGGAUAGUGUUACCAUGGAGCUUGUUAAGAAGAGCAGUUGUCAUUGGGUGCUGGACUGUUGUUGCCUAUUGAGUUACAGGGUUGAUGUUGCAAUGCCAGAAAUGUGACAUCUCUCUUUAUGUUUCCAUUGAUGUUCAUGUUCAAAGAAAGACAUGUCAACUGGACAUGAUCAAAGUUCUGGAAAGAAAGGAAGAUCAAUCUUAUGGAAGGAAUGAAUAAACUUCACUGUGUGUGUUUGCAUGUUUGUGUGAGUGUAUGUGCGUGUGUGUUGCUGGAUAGAUCAAAACACCUCUCAUAGAGACAAACAGCCAUCUGUCAGAUGUCCGGUGUACAGGUCAAUGGGUGCGCAUGAGGAUCCAAUGUGUUGUACCAAGUGAAGUGUGUGUGUCUGACGUUCUGCUGUUGGCUGCAGGUGUUCGUCUGGACCGCGUGCGUGGAGGCAGACAGAAGUACAAGAGGAGGAUUGAUGCUGAAAACAGCCCGUGUCUCCUCCCUCAGAGCGGCCUGCCCCAGAAGAGAGCAUUCCCUCUGGGAGGCGUUAUAGAGAACAAAGUGGUGUCCUUACUGUUGUUAGCUGAGCCCGAAGGGAUCUUUGCCAUGCCAGACCCCACGGUCCCAGACAGCGACAUCAAGGCAUUGACCACACUGUGUGACCUCGCCGACCGUGAACUCGUGGUCAAUAUCGGCUGGGCCAAGCACAUACCAGGUUUCCCCUCGCUCUCGCUGGCAGACCAGAUGAGUCUGUUGCAGAGCGGCUGGAUGGAGAUCCUGAUCCUGCGCGUGGUGUUCCGCUCGCUGGCCUCGGAGGACAAGCUUGUGUAUGCUGAAGACUACGUGAUGGACGAGGAGCAGUCCAAACAGGCAGGUCUGUUCGAUCUCAACAACGCCAUCCUGCAGCUAGUGAGGAAGUUCAGAGCCAUGAAGCUGGAGAGGGAGGAGUUUGUGGUUCUCAAAGCCAUCGCGCUCGCCAACUCAGAUUCUAUGCAAAUUGAGGACUUGGAGGCGGUGCAGGGUCUCCAGGAUGUGCUCCAUGGGGCCCUGCAGGACUACGAGAGCACCCAGCACCCCGAGGACCCCAGGCGGGCAGGCAAGCUCAUCAUGAGCCUCCCCCUGCUGCGACAGACAGCCUCCAGGGCCGUUCAGCACUUCUGUAGCAUUAAGCAGGACGGCCGAGUGCCUAUGCAUAAACUGUUCCUCGAGCUGCUGGAGGCCAAGGUCUGACCUUCUCCGGGGAGCGGGUGGGGUUGGUGGUGUGUGUGGGGGGGGGGGGGGGAGGGGGGUGAUGGGGAUCCUCAUAGGCCCGAGACUGAAACUGGAACUGGAUGGUCCUUAGAACUGGAUUGAUAUCCUUCAAGAAUCCUACUAAUGUUCUUGAGCUGAGUGCUGGAUACAGGGCACAGUUUCCACAUGCAGUUCAGUAUGUCUGCUACAACAUGCUGUCUGGCUCUUGUGUUUAUCAGGAGUGCGGCCAUUGUGUCACAGCAUUAGACUCUUGCAAAAGCCAAGGUGAGGAGAACGCACUGUUAUCAUAAUAUUCUUCCAGAGGAAAUAAUGGUCGUAUGGUCUGUUUGACAGAAGGACUAAUGGAGUGUAGUGAAUUGAACACAAUAUAUUAUAAAACUUGAAGAUCCUCGAGGAUAACCUUACAUAGAAAAACUGCUUGAAGCCUGUUUCGUUUGCAUUGAAAUUAUUUUGUGUUUUCAACUCACUGUCUAUUUUGACGUUUCCAUUCAAGUAACUAAAGGAUAGGCUACAAUAUAUAGUUUUGCCAAAUAAUUAAGUGGUUGUAUCAUUAUUGUCAAAUAGUUUCCAAUCAACACCAUUAAUAUGUAUAGUAUCCUGUCUGGAAAUACUCAGACCUGACUUAUCAGAAGCAUCAAGUGCUACACAUUGAAGAUACCUAUGCACCAUGUGCUCUCCAUAACACGCAAAAUCACUACUGGUAACCAUCAGGUUACACACUGGCAAUGUCCAUUGAUGAAAGCUAACAUUAAUCUGCCAUCUUGUUUCAAAGUCUUCAACAACAAAAACUAUGGCCUCUUUAUUUUUGUUAUUAAAAUAUGUUCAGGGAUGCACUUGAGGAAUAUAGAACUCAUGGUGUACGAAGGUAGAAGAAAAAAAAACAUAUUUAUUGUUUGCUUGAUUAUUAUAAUUAUUUUUAUUUACCAGCGUGGCAUUAAUGAAGAAUAACUUUACAUAAUUUUCUAAAGGAUUUUAGCCUCUGUUGUUCAGUGAAGUAAACAAUACCUUUUGUACUUGCUUGACUACUUCACUUACCAUCAUAUUCAAGUGAUUUUUACAUACUUGACAAAAUUCAACUCUGAUAAUGUUGUAAAGUUUUAGAUUAUAACUUGUGCAAAGCACUACUUUCUUCUAUCCAUAAGUGGGAACUGGUGGUGGUGUGUUUAUACUGUAUACUGUAUGUCUGUAUGUCAGAGAGUAGAAAUGUCAGAAAUUCAUAUUUUAAUGUACACCUUAAAUGAAGGGAAAUAAAGACAAAAGAGAGUCAGUUUAGACUUUAACAAAUUCUUAAAUGUUACAGGUUUGUGUUUUAAUGUUUCAUGUCUAUGGUUUGCUCUGUUUGUGUACUGUAUCAGAAUAUCCUGUAUAUUUUUGUGACAAAGUAUAUCAGCGAGAGUGAAGCAGCGACACAUCCUGGAGGAGAGGGAGUUAGUGUAUGUCCUUACUUCUGCUGUGUACAGUAUAACAACCAAUGCCAGACAAGAGAUGCUAUUUGAUCAAUUACCAAUGUUCAGAUUCUCAGGUGGAUUCUAGGGCAAUAAAAAAAAAAGCUUUCUGUUUCAAAUCA